UCAUAUUCCAUCCAAUUUAUUGCUCAGAAAGUAAAAAAGUCUACUUUCUUCCCCAAAAUAAUUCAAUUUAGGGUUUCUACAAAAGAUAUGAAGGGACACAAUCCAAUUGAGGUGGCGAAGACGGUGUUGGAGGUGGCCGAUGUAGCAUGGUCGGCGGUGGAAAGUUGUCAUCACCAUACCCACAGUCAUACUGAAACGACGCCGUUUGAUGUAUCUCAUAGUUCUGAAGAAGAUGAAUUGAAAUCGUUGAGGUCUGAAAACGAGCGGCUGAAACGGUUGCUUGAACAAAAUCUCAUGCUUCUUCAGAGCAUGUCACAAUCUCCUUCAUUACUUCAAGAUUGUCCCCCUGAUCUUCAUGAUCGUCUCAGAGCCUCUGUGGAGUCUGGAAGCUUUUUGAAACAGCUGGAAUCACUCAAUCGAAAUUCUGUUGAUGGGAAUGACUGUCAAUUUCCUUUCAAGGAGGCAACUGGUUUUGACACGGAGACAGCAGAACUUCUGGUAAACAUGAGUCUUGAAGAACCAAGUUGGUGGGUUUGGGUGACUGAGGAUAUGGUCCCCGGCAAUCUUGAAGAAAGAAGUGGAAUAGAUAAUGAAAACUAUGUGAUUAUUAGUGAGGAAUAUGUUGUAGAUGCAGUUGCCAACUUUAUGGCUAGAUGCGUAGUAUCCAAUUCGAAGGCUCAGAAGAUGUCUCCUGAAGAACUGCAAAAGACCUUGACAAAAGCAUUAGAAGGCAUUGGUAAAGUAGAAACAUUGUUCAACAUUUGGCAUGCUGCGCAAAUGUUCUACGUCCUUUCCACUUGGGGACUUGCUGUAGUGGGGUUGUACAAGAGCCGAUCUGUUAUUAGACUUGCUGCUAAAGGGGUUCACAAGACAGGCAAAAUGGUUCUAAAGGUUCUUUGAAGAUGCUUCUGCUGUGUUGGUUGUAAUUAAGUGUCGUGUAAAUGCUUAACUUAUUGUACAGUCUUGUAAAUCAGAUCAACGUUAUGCUUGACUUCCAAUACGUCUGUGCGAAAAUAUUGUGAAUAGUGUGCAAUUUGAAAAUUUCCUUUGUUGAGA